AUGAAUACCAAAAAAAUUUUAAGGUUAUAUUCAACCCGAAAGUUAAUCCUGAGAAAUGAAAGAUUUUAUUCCAACAGAAACAUCCUUGCUCUCAAUGACAGGGGAAUGUAUCAAGACUUGUUCCCAGCAACGAGCGCACCGGAAAUUAAAAAUCUCUUAAUGAGAGAACCGCAGUGUGUUUACUCAGGAUUUGAUCCCACAGCAGACAGUCUUCAUGUAGGUAAUUUGUUGGUUUUGAUGAACUUACUUCACUGGCAGCGAGCUGGUCAUCAAACCAUAGCCGUACUGGGUGGAGCAACGGGGCUAAUUGGAGACCCGAGUCAUCGAGCGUCAGAAAGAGAUGAAAUAAAUUCAAAAAUUCUGGCAGAAAAUGUAGAAUCGAUUAAAAAAAAUAUUCAAACGAUAUUUAAAAACCAUGAACAAUAUUUCUGCAAAGAUUUUUGUAAUCCUGUGAAGCCUGUUAUUUUAUUAAAUAAUUUAGACUGGUACAAAAAAGUAAAUCUCAUUGACUUUAUCCGUGGGAUUGGAAAGUAUUUUAGGAUGGGUACAAUGAUGGGAAGGACGUCAGUCCAAGAAAGAUUGAAUUCUGAGAUUGGAAUGAGCUUCACUGAAUUUUCGUACGCUUUAUUUCAAGCAUAUGACUGGCUGGUUUUGUUUGAUAAGUACAAGUGUUAUUUCCAAGUCGGUGGUAAUGAUCAAAUGGGCAAUAUUAUGUCAGGACACGAUUUGAUUAGUAAAGCAACUAAGAAAACUGUUUUCGGACUUACAAUGCCGCUAAUUACGGCUGAAGGUGGUAAAAAGUUUGGCAAAUCUUUGGGUAAUGCUGUCUGGUUAUCCAAAGAAAAGUCUUCUCCCUUUACAUUCUAUCAAUUUUUUAUAAGAACUACUGACGCAGAUGUGGAAAAAUACUUAAAAUUAUUUACCUUUUUACCAAUGUCAGAGAUUAAUAGUAUAAUGGAUAGUCACAGAAAAUUACCCAAUAAAAGAGACGCGCAGAGAAUUUUAGCGGAACAAGUAACGCUUUUAGUUCAUGGACAAAAAGGUCUAGAUGAAGCCGUACGUGCGUCUUUAAUUUUAUACGACACUUCAAUAGAAGCUUUAUCUAAAUUAAACGUAGACGAUCUUAUGAAUGCGUUUGUCGGUGCCAAAAUAAGUGAAUUAUAUCAUGAACAAGGUCUCACGAGCUACGGACUCGCUAUGAAGAUAAAAUGUUUUAAAUCAGAACAUGAUGCAUCGAGAAUUAUUCCAGCAGGAGGUUUUUAUAUUAAUCAUAGUAAAGUUACAAAUAUUAAUGAAGUUAUAACACCUGGAAUACAUAUUUUGCCAAACAAUUUAACUCUUGUGAGAGUUGGCAAAAAAAGUUACCAUGUGGUAAAAUGGUUAUCGUAAUAUGUAAAUAUAUUUUUAAAAUAAAU